AUGCGUUCUGAAAGACCAAUUGAGCAAAUGCCCAAGAUUGUCUACGAUGAACACAAAGGGUUUUGCAUUAUAGGAGAAGAGGUGGCCGACAUAGAAUGUGACAUCGCUGACGAUGAUGAGGAAACCCAGACAAGACAAAUAACAAACGGGCUAGACCAAUUAUCUUGGGAUUCAGUCAUUCCACAUAUCGAGGAUGAGGACCAACAAGAUCAAGAACAAGAUUCAAUCACAACCAAACCCAAUGCCAAAAAGUUAAAGAAACUGGAAAAGAAAGAACUUCGACAACUCAAAAAAGUAAAUGCUGCCCGGAAGAGACAACUCCGUCGACAACAAGAAUUAUCCACUACAUCAUCCAAUCGCAAUUCUGACUUCAAUCCUUAUUUAACCAAGGCCAAAAUCAAAACCCUUCAUUCCAAACUCACAAACCCACCAGAUAGUAAACCCACAACUAAGAAACGACGGAAUGAACCCGAUUUUAAGAUCUUUCAAUAUAAUUCAAUCGCAUUAUAUGCAUCUGAUUUAGAUCAUAUCCUACCAGGAGAAUGGUUGAAUGAUAAUAAUAUCUCCCUAAUCUAUGAACUCAUCCUGCAAUUAUUCCUAAAACCCAAUGGUUAUGGUAAUAAACAAUUCGGAUAUCAGAUUCAAUUACUAUAUCCUUCUUUGGUUCAAUUAUUCCUUCAUUUCCCGCUUUCGGACCAGAUUGAGAGUGUGUUGCCGGUGGAUGAAUUACGGGGGCUGAAAUUUAUAUUUAUUCCGAUAAAUCUUAUGGAUGAUAUCGGGUCGAUUGAUUUCGAAUUGGAUAAUAAUGGUGAUCAUUGGGCACUUGUGUUGUUUUCGGUGAUUGAGAAUCGGAUCUAUGUGUAUGAUUCUAUGAAGGUUGAGGAUGAUUGUGAGGUGUUGAAGAAUGAACAACAACAAUUGGGGGAAUUGUGUAAACGACUUCAGAGCUGUAAGAGUAUUGUUAAGAAUAAUAAACCGAUAGAGAUUGUGAAUAUGAAAUGUGAUCAACAGCCGAAUUGUGAUGAUUGUGGGGUUUAUGUGAUUAUGUUUACUUGUUAUUUAGUAAAUCAAUUAUUGUAUAAGCAAGGCGGUGCCAUUGAUUUGGAUAUUGGAGAUACUAUAUAA